AUGAUGAGUACACCCAAUGCUACUCCAGCGCCAGUACCAGCACCUAGAAAGCGCAUUGUCCGUCGUAAAAAGAAGCAACUCACACCCAAACAAAAGCUGGUGAAAGAGAGUGCCGAGCAACGUUUCAAGAUUGAGAAGUUGGUAUUUGUAUGGCAAGAGAAGCUGUUUUCGCAGCCAAAGACAUCAGUCCAUACCCUACAACGAGCAGCGACCUAUUUGCAACCAAAGACGUACGAGGAGGUUGUUGAGGAACGUGUAGUACAGGAAUGGUGUGGUUAUCCACUAUGCGACGAUGCUCCCAAGUUACAGCAAGUGCAAAAGUUCAAAAUUUCACUAUCUAGACGCAAAGUGUAUGACCAAACUGAACUCGCCAAUUAUUGUUCGGAUGCCUGUUACCAUAAAUCAAAAUACUACACAUUACAACUAUCAGAUGAACCUGUUUGGUACCGUGAUUUGAAUCAGACACCCACAACACACAUUGUAUCCAAGGAAGAUGAUUUUCAAACUGCUGUACAACAAGAGAAAAAGAAGAUUCAAGUGCAAAAGUCAAGUGAAGAGGUGCGAGAGGAAUAUGUGCAACAUUUACUAGGCAGUGUGCCCAAGGAUACAGAUGGAAAAUUUCAAAUCAUAGAAAAAUCAACUGUAGCACCACCAACUGCUCCUUUAAACACACAGGCAGGUGUGUAUGACACCAUUGAAGGAUAUCGUAUUGAAAUCAAAAAGGACGGCAAAACACCUACUACUAUGAUCUUGAAGAAGAAGAAGAAGAAGGAGGAGGAGGAGGCAGAGAUCCGAGCAGAACAAGAGAUCAGCCAGGAGCAAUCAAAUCAAGUCGAUGAAGAACACUUGGAUCCUGAAGAUCCUGAUGCCUUGUUUGAAACAAUGAUGAUGUUGAAAGACAUGAAUAUGGACAAGCAAGAUCAGCCAGAAGCAAGUGGAAUUCCAUCAAAGCAAGCAGAAACACUAUCGCCUACUCAAGUAACCGCAGUACAAGAGCAACAAGCUCCUGCGCCCGUCAAAGCUGUGCCUACUCCACCUAAACCAACCACAAGAUCCGCCACUGAGAAGUCUCUCGAACCCAAAAAGAAGGGGCCAACAUCAGCAGAGCCAGCUACGCAAGAUACCAAUAUCAUCAAAGUAACUACACCCACCACCCCACCACCCAAACCAAAGAAAUCCAUCAAGAAGAAAAAGAGGAUACCUGAAUUGUCUCUGUUUGGCACCAUUUGGACUAUGUUGGAUCACAUGACGACCAAAGCAACACGGGUUUACUUGAACGAGUUGCAAAGUAAUCAUCAACGAGUUGAUGUAAGCCAUUUAUUAGCAACUGAAAAUGACCUCAUGGAUGAAGCCAUUUACCUAAGAGGUCAAAUUUUCAGUGAACGCAUCUUGGAUACAUAUGGUAUUAUCCGUGCUCAGUUGGAUAUCAAGGAGAAUUUAGAAGAUGAUAUCGUGAAUGUCAUCAAGACCUUCAAGCUCUCGGACGCAUCGAUGGUUGCAUUAAAUCCAGCUCAAUGCUACAUGAUGGCUCUGGUCUUGAUCAAAUCAUUAGCGGAUAUUUUGCUUACUGAUUCAGAUUGGAAACUACAGUUUGAAAAUUGCUGUAAAACAGUGGAUCAGUCGACUGAUAUGGUAGAUGCUUGUGUUCGUGUAUUGAAGGUGGCAAGCGUAUAG